AUGGAUUUGUCAGCAACGCAACCUAGCAAUGAGGAAAGAAGUAUGACCUUGUAUGAUCCAAAGAAAAGGACAAGAGGGAAGGAAAAAGGUAAAGGUGUUAGGCUUAAAAGGCAGUGGACUAAGCAGGAGGAUGCAAUAUUAAUUGAAUGUCUCCUCAUUUUGAAAGAGAGCCUACAUUGGAAGGCAGACAAUGGGACUUUCAGAGUUGGGUAUCUGGUACAACUGGAGAAGAUGAUGGAGGAAAGACUUCUAUCUAGUGGAUUGAAAGCUACACCUCACAUUGAAUCUAGAGUUAAAUUAUUGAAAAGACAAUACAAUGCCAUAAAUGAGAUGAUUGAGAAUGAAAAUGGCUUUGGAUGGAAUGAUGAAGAGAAAUGUGUUACCGCUUCAAAAGAUGUGUUUGAUGAUUGGGUUAGGAGUCAUCCUAAUGCAAAGGGUUUAAGGCACAAACCUUUCCCACACUAUGACUCGUUAGUCAUAGUGUUUGGAAAAGAUAGGGCCACUGGUGCAGGGGCUGAAAUAGCAACUGAUGUUGUGGAAGAACUUGAUAUUGAGAAUUUGGAUAACAAUGAGGAUACAAUAGAAAUUGAUGUUGAGCUUGAUAGUGACUAUAAUGAUCAAGACAAAGAAGAUGCAACUGGAUCAAAAAGGCAAAUAGUGAAUGAGAGAAUAAAUCAGAAAACUGCAAAUAGCAAGAAGAGGAAAAGAAAUGAUGAAGGCUUCUCAAGAUUGGUUGAAGAAAUUGAAUUGGAUGGUUUUAGUAGGCAAGAGUUGUUUAAUGUUGGAGAGCAUAUUAUUAAGGAGGAGCACAAGAUUGAUUUUUUCUUUGAACUGCCUAUGGAUUUUAGGAAGGAUUAUGUCAUUAAACAACUAGUUGAAUGUAAUGUGUAUUGUCCUUCUUUUGAUCCAUAA